UCACGAAGCUUCCACGACAAUCCCCUUCUUCUUCGUCUUUCCAUUCCCACAGUUUCCUUUCCAAUUCGAAAACCAUCAUCUACGAACCGUAUCAUCUAUCCAUUCACAGUGCAGGACGCCAAUUUUCAUCCACGCGGCACCAUAAAAGCCACCAACUCAACCAGCUCUCCUGUACACCACAAUCUACCCAAUUCAUUCCCUUUGACCAAAUUGAAAGUUUUCGAUUUCAAGUGUCUUCGUCAAUCUUUUCCCCUUUUCCAAAUCUCGAAUCCGUCUUAUAAACCAGUGGGAAGAACAAAAGUAGCGAAAUCCACAUCUUAAUUGGAAGUUUUUCCUUUUUUUCUCAUUGAUUUCUCACUUUUUUUGCUUGCAUUUGGAUCGAAUGCGUACAAGUUGCCGCACAGCGACAGUUUUCAACCAGUUUUUCUAUUGGUGGAUAGAAAUCCAGGAUCCUCGCUGUUGGUUUUGAAGAAACAGUCAAAUUUUCACUUUGUGGUCGAAGUUCUUGGCUAUUCGAGGGUUCUUGUGUUCUCUGGUUUCUGGAAUCAUGUUGGUUAUGAAUGUGAUGAACUCGAAGAGACAAAGGCGUCCAAAUGUUAGGCUUGGGGAAAUUGGGGACAUAUCUGCAGCUUGGGCCUGUGGGUUUUCUCAUAGCAAUAGGGGAAAGUUAGUUCAUAAGGAGUGGAAGAAUGAUUUGGACCAAACUAUGGGUUAUGAAGAUCAUAACCCCACUGUUUUUGGAGAUUUGAAUCCAUUAUCUCCCAAGCUCACAAUCUCUCCACAAACUUCAACAGAGUUGCAGCACAAUGAAGAGGACACCAAUAACCCCAAAUCUUCUGAAUUGGUUUUGGAAUGUCCCAUGAAGUUUAGUGAUGUGACUAGGAAGUGUAGAGAUAUGAAGCGUCGGGGGCGUAGCAACAACAGCUACGCCAUUCUCGGUGGCAGUUGGAGCUCGAAACAUAGCUCCGAUGACUUCUCGAUGGAUGAGAAGGAAUGUGAGGGGACAGGUAAUUCUGCUAAUGGUUUUGGUGACUCCUCUGAUCAUCAAACACCAACGACUAGCAAAGAGUACGGUAUCGACCAACCAUCGAUGCAUCGAGAGCUUAAGUCAAACAACAAUGCGCAAUUUACCGGUGAGAAAGCUCGGGCGCAAGAAAGAAUGAGAUUAGAAGAUGAGAAUACAAAUGCUGUUAGUAGAUGGUUAGAAGAGGUUGGAUUUGGGAAGUAUGCUGGUGUGUUCGAGAUGCACGAGGUAGACGAGGAGGCUUUGCCGUUGCUGACCAUUGAAGAUCUCAAAGAGAUCGGCGUAUUGUCUGUCGGGUCUCGAAGGAAACUGUACAAUGCAAUCCAACAGUUAAGAGGAGGAGAGGAAGAAGGUGUUUGAAAGCUUAGAAAGCUAAAUGUGCAUAGAAAAAGAUGUACAUAUACCUCCUAACAUCUUUUGUGUUGAUUACGUUACAUGCGUGAAUGCUAGAACUUCCUCUAGGCUGUAAUAUUG